UCUUUUUUAUGUAUCUGCAAGUUACUAACACAUUACACAUCCUAUUGUUAAGGUCAACGAACCUGCAUAUGUACAAUACAAAACAUGAACACUUCAGUUAUGUUAUUUUCUCCACCAAUCACAACACCUUCAAUAUUCCCUCUCCCCAAAACCCAUCACAACAGAACAUCACUUCCAUCUUCAAGAAAACAACAUCAAGGAAGGAUCCACAACACCAGAAAGUUUGGAAAUUUUCUUGACUUAAAAUCCGAGUAUCAACCCGAAGCCUUGGAUUUCGACCUUCCAUUGUUUCACCCUUCUGAUCACACUUGUUUCAAUGUGAUCAUAAUCGGUGCUGGCCCCGCAGGAAUUCGCCUUGCAGAACAAGUUUCCCUUUAUGGAAUGAAGGUUUGUUGUGUUGAUCCUAACCCUCUGUCUAUCUGGCCUAAUAACUAUGGUGUUUGGUUUGAUGAGUUUGAAGGUCUUGGGCUAGAAGAUUGUUUAGAUAAAACAUGGCCUAUAACUUCUAUUUAUAUUGAUGAUAGAACCACCAAGUAUUUGGAUCGUUGUUACGGAAGGGUUAAUAAAAGGAAACUUAAAGAGAACUUGGUUAAAGGUUGUGUUUUUAACGGUGUUAGAUUUUAUAAGGCAAAGGCAAUGCAAAUUGAGCAUCAUGAGUUUGAGUCUAUUGUUGUUUGUGACGAUGGAGUAGAUUUGAAAGGGAGUUUAGUAGUUGAUGCUAGUGGUUUUGGAAGUAAAUUUAUUGAAUAUGAUGAUCAUAAGGUGAAAAACUAUGGUUUUCAAAUUGCUUAUGGAGUUUUAGCUGAAGUUGAUGCUCACCCUUUUGAUUUGGAUAAAGUAGUUUUGAUGGAUUGGAGAGAUUCCCAUUGUAGAGAUGGUAAUGCCAAGUCUUCUACUUUUAUGUAUGCUAUGCCAUUUAGUUCAAAUUUGAUUUUUCUUGAAGAAACUUCGCUUGUUAGCCGUCCGGCCUUGUCUCACACGGAGGUGAAAACGAGAAUGGUUGCAAGGUUAAAGCAUUUGGGAAUUAAUGUGAAAAGGGUAUUGGAAGAUGAGAAGGGCUUGAUUCCAAUGGGAGGACCUUUACCAAGAAUACCUCAAAAUGUGAUUGCAUUUGGUGCAAAUUCUGGUGUAGUUCAUCCUUCUACUGGAUACAUGAUGGCUAGAACUAUGACUCUAGCACCUAUUGUAGCUGCUUCUAUUAAUCAGUGUCUUGGCUCCACAAGAAUGAUAAGGGGAAAACAAGUUUAUGCUAAUGUUUGGAAUAGUAUGUGGCCUAUUGAGAGCAGAAUCUCCAGAGAAUUUUACACUUUUGGAAUGGAGACUCUAUUGAAGCUUGAUUUGAAUGAAACUAGGCAAUUUUUUGAUGCAUUCUUUGAGUUAAAACCUUAUUACAUGCAAGGGUUCCUCUCUUCAAGCUUGACUUUAAAUGACAUUGUUUGGUUGAGUAUGUCAUUGUUUGCACAUGCCUCAAAUCCAUCUAGGUUUGCUAUUGCCAGAAAGUGUCCUGAGCUAUUGGCUAAAAUGAUGGGUAAUAUUUGUUUAGAAUUUAUCAAAUGAUUGAACAUGUUAAAAUAAAAUCUGAAUUUAUGUUUGAAUUCAUUCUGCUGGCAUACUGUGAAUUGAUCUAAAGCUUCUUAGAGGAUUUUUCUGCUGUUUGGAUUGUAUCUAUAGACCUCUUUUUAUGCGUUCGUCCAA